GUCAGACCGCAGCGGCUGCAGAUUUUCCCCGUUAGAGAGGGGAAGAGGAGGUGGAACGGACAGUAUGGAGAUGAUGGGAAUAAUCUAAUCCCGGUGGGGGAAGGGAAUGGACGGAUGGACAGAUCUGACGCGCAAAAUCAGGGAGGUUCUCACUUGACAUCGAAACAUCUAUCGUAUUCCGUUUGGAAGCGCAGGGAAUGACGCUGACAAGCCCGGUUGUGGCUGUUGAAAAGGAAAUCACGGGUCCGCAUCCAUCCGGAGUGAUGAGCCAAAACGCGAAGGUAGAGACGCGCGUUUCUGGAUCCAUCCGUCACGUUGUAUAAUGGAGAGCUCUGAUGGCUCCGACACCAAACCUCAUCAUCAUCAUCAGUCUCAGGUGGAGAAGAAGAGGUUAAACCGUGUGCCGUCCCCCGCCAGACCCGUCCUGAAGGAUGUGCACUCCCGAUCGGCCAAACCAAUCGUGCCAAAAUCACCGAAACUCACCAAGCAGCCGGUAGCGUCUAAAAGCCGCAUCCAGAGGCGCACCGUCCCAGGCGCGAAGGACAAAUGCGCACCUGCGAAAAUCACCAUCAAGCCCUCAGCUCCAAAAAAGGCCGUUAAGGUCACCCAAUAUGCAGCAUCCGAACCGAAACCGCCCAGCAAAGUGGUGGACACCGUGCCACAGGUCGCCAAAAGUAAAGGGAGGCUAGCCGCGCUGGCCCCGGGAUCCCCGAUACGCGUCCCCACCGGACGGGUCGCUCAGACGGACAGCAGCUCGGAUUUGUCCGAUUGUCCGUCCGAGCCACUAUCGGACGAACAGAGACUCGUUCAGGCCGCCAGCAGCGAUGCGGACUCAGGCAGCGGCUCCGGUUCUAGCGAGCAAGUGGCCGCGGAUAAUCCCGGGAUUCGGACGCGCAGGGCGGGAGGGGUGUCUCGGGCUUCACCUCUGUCAGGUGUGCACACGGAGAAGUGUAGAGCGGAGAAAAGCGCACAGCUCAAACCAGCGGGGAAGGAAAUGGUGCAGGAGGAAUUGUUAAGAGAGAUUGAAGACCUUCGUUCGGAAAAUGACUACCUCAAGGAUGAAAUGGAUGAGUUGCGGGCAGAGAUGGAGGAGAUCAGGGACAGUUACCUGGAGGAGGAGGUGUACCAGCUUCAGGAACUACGCAGAGAACUGGACCGAUCCAACAAGAACUGCAGGAUCCUUCAGUACCGCACGAAGGCUGAACAGAAGAGUCUGCGUGUAGCUCAGACCGGACAUGUCGACGGAGAGCUGCUACGCAAUCUGGAGCAGGACCUCAAGGUAGCCAAGGAUGUAUCUGUGCGCCUGCACAAUGAACUGGAAACGGUGGAAGACAAGCGAACUCGAGCAGAGGAUGAGAACGAACUGCUCAGGCAAAAGAUCAUCGAGGUGGAGAUCUCCAAACAAGCCCUACAGAAUGAACUCGACAGAGCCAAAGAGACUGCUCUGCGGAGACGAGGCGGCAGAGAAGCCUUCAAAGAUAAGAAGUCUUUUUCUCAGGAGGACAGUGCAGACCUGCGGUGUCAGCUACAGUUUGCCAAGGAGGAAUCGUCCCUAAUGCGGAAAAAAAUGGCAAAACUAGGCCGCGAGAAAGAUGAACUGGAACAAGAGGUGCAGAAGUAUAAAUCAGUAUAUGGGGACGUGGACAGCCCUUUGCCCCUGGCCGAGGUGACGGGUGGAGGCCCACACACCACCCGGGAGGCCGAGUUACGUUUACGGCUAAAACUGGUGGAGGAGGAGGCAAACAUCCUGGGGCGGAAGAUUGUAGAGCUGGAGGUGGAAAACCGUGGUCUCAGGGCAGAAAACGAGGACCUACGAUGCCAAUACGAGAGGGACUGUUUUGGCCGUGAACCCUUUUCCAGUGUCCCUACCUCACCAUUCGGUGGCGAUGUGCUGGAAUCUGUGAGUGAACUACGGCGCCACUUGCAAUUUGUGGAAGAGGAGGCAGAGCUUUUGCGGCGCUCCAUCUCUGAGAUUGAGGACCACAACAAGCUGUUGACGACUGAGCUCAACCGCUUCAAAUUUGGGCCCAGCAGCCAGGGCGACAGGGAGUCAGAAGGGGCUGAGGGUGGAAGUGUUGGGUCACUGAAACCUGGGAAUGGUAGUGGAGGAGGUAAUGGCGUCUCAGGAGGAGGGGGCGCCCUACAGGAGGAGCUGAAAGCUGCAAGACUCCAGGUUAAUGAGUUGAGUGGGAAAGUGAUGAAGUUGCAGUAUGAGAACCGGGUGCUAAUUUCAAAUAUGCAGCGUUGCGACUUAGCGGCACACCUGGGCAUGCGGUCCAAUAGUCCACGUGAUAGCGAUGUAGACAGUGACACCGGGAGAAGGGAACCAGACGAAGAGGAGACAGCGAGGCUUCUAUUGCUCCAUCCCAAACGGGAAGGACCUGUUGGUGGUGAAAGCGACUCUGAUGACUUGUUUGAGAAGACGGCUACAUCUGGAUUUGCCAGUGGCGAGAAACCUUCGGAGGUUGGUAACCUGAGAGCAGCCGAGUUGGACCAGCGUAGACGAGAAAACCGGGAGGCACUUAACCAUGUCAGGCGUGAAGCAGAGCGCCUUGGAAAAACUGUCGAAAGGCUCAUCACUGAUACGGACAGUCUGAUCCGGGAAGGUCGUCUGGUUGUCUUGGGAGGGGACCUUCUUGCAGAGGGUUCAGAGUUCAGGGGUGACGGGGACUGCGCUGAAUCUAAACCCGAAUCUCAGGUGCUGGAUUCCAUCAACUCCCGCAUGAGGGCUUUCAGGACGGAACUCCAGCAUUUCAUGAAUAAAGUGGACCACCUUGGGGAGGGCUUACGGGACCGUGCAGAUGACCUCUCCCCCAUGCCUAACCUCACCGAAUCCAGCAGCUUUCUGUCCACAGUUACAUCCAUAUCAAGGGAUUCGCCCAUCGGAACACUUGGAAGAGAUCUGGUGACGGACUAUCAGUAUGGGCGAAGGGAGGAGCACGAUUGGUGUCUAGACCGGCAGAGUGGCCCGGAGGCGCAGGGGCAGGGCAGCGCCAAGGGGUCCGCCACACCCAGGGUGGCCCCUGGACUCAGUAGAUACACCAGGCCCCACAGUUACAGACCCGAGUGUUGGGAUGUUGAGACUGCUGUUCUGUGUUCUGAUGAGAUCCAGUUCUGUGACCCAACUACCCUGCCCGAGUUGGCAACCCCUACCAGAGAGAUACAGCUACGUCUGGACCACGAGAGGAGGCUUAGACCUGGACAGGAGGAGAGAGAGAGCUUGACUUCUGCCAUCACUCAGGAAGAGGAAAGGAGGCACACCGAUGCUCGGCAAGGACUCAAGCUGCAGGGGCUUCAAACCCAUGAGCCAACAUGGCCUCAGGAACGAGUUCUGCUGCAACAGGAAGUGAGGUCAUUCCACCACAACAUCGUCAUUGUCUAUAUGAAGCUGCGCUGGAUUCUUAUGCACUGGAGGCUCGGACGCAGGACAGACGCUGGAGAGGAGGGUGCACAUGGAGAGUAUGAACGGUUGGAGAACUUUCCAGAGCUGGGUCUUCUGAUCGAGCCGGGGGAUAGUGAGAUAGUAGAGAGAGACGAUCAGAGAGUGUGUAUCCAGAUCACAGGAAGUGAUGUAUCAGACCCUGGUGCACUCCCGCUGUCUCCAGAGAGAUUUCAGUAUCAGAAACAGGCAAGGGAUAGUCGGCGAGUGUUGCACGCCCUGCGCUCUCUGCUGGAGGAGUUUAGGGUGGAGUUACGUGAGGAGGCGCAGCAACGCUGGCAGCUGCAGCAGACGUUAGCCAAUGAGAGAGCAGCAUGGGAGAUCCAACGCGUUGAAAUGAGGAGUCACGUUACCAAGCUGCAGGCGGUGAGAGGUGAGUCUGCAGAUGCAGGCGCAGUUGAAGGUGCAGUCACUGCAGAUGUUCUGCAGCAGGAACGGGAGGAACAGCGCCACCUGCUGGCCGACAGUCAUGGCACGGCACUGGAGCUGCGCUGGAAACUGCAGCACGGAGAGAAGCGCUGGAGCCGCGAGAAGAAUGAACUGCUGGAGCGAUUCGAGAGAGAGAGGCAAGAGUGGGACCACAGCUUACGGGAGGUGCACCGCAAGAUGGAAAAGAUGCAGAAAGAUCUUCUGCUCCAUCAUUCUGAAGGUAGUCUUCAGUCUGAAGGAGGUGCAGCGCGUGUCUUCUCCCCUCAGGAGAGCCCUUGUAAGGCUCCAAGAUCUCCACGCUCCCCCUGCGCAGCCGCACAUAUACGCUCACACUCCGACUCUGAAGCCACACUGGAGGAAAAGGGGGCAGCCGGGAGACCCAGACCCUGUGAAGGACCCCGGCCCCCAGAGAGCCUGUUUCUGGAUGCCUUGUCUCUGGACCCCCUGAGCGAGGCAAUAGUGCCCCCUCCAUCACGACUGGAGAGUGAGAAGAGGUUCUUCCACAUGAAGGAAUUAAGAGACAGAGCGCUUAAUGAAAUUUCAGAGAGUGCAGAUUCUGCUGUUUAUCCUGAGGAAGAGAAAAGCAGUGGCAGCUUACUCAGGGCAAAGUCAGUUUGCUCCAUGAGCGACUUCCAGCGCUUGAUGGACAGCUCCCCCUUUCUACCAGACAAGAGCAAGGCUGGCGAGAGUGGGUGGGAUGAUGUGACUCCUCCGCUUUCUCCAGAUGACCUCAAGUACAUUGAGGAGUUCAAUAGUAAAGGUUGGGAUCUGCCCACCAGCUCCCGGUCUACUUGCCCCAUCCCUGGCCCAGUUAUCCCUCCUCCAGUGAUGGAGGUUUGGGCAGAGAGUGCAGAAUCCCGUUGGGUUGAGUCCACUUCAGAAGCAUUCCAGCCAGCCUCUUGGUACCUGACCACCAGCGCUACCUUGACCACAAACACCAUGAGUAGCCCUGAGUACUGCCAAAAGCCUCCCAUCAGGGCCACCCAAGGGGCAGAGCAGUUUGGAGUCCAUGUCCUACACAGUCCCACUCGAGGUGAGCAAUCGACUCCAGGCCCUCCUGAGCAGGAGUACAUGUUUUCCAAAGUGACCAAAUUAAAGGUGGGGAAUGUGGUAGGAGAUGCAGAGGAGGUGCUUGGAGGGAGGUGGCCUCUGGAAGCGGGACUUCGGCCUGGAGAACGGCCAACACUUUGUGCUGCUGUAGGAUAUACCUCAUCGCUAGAGCUGGAGCUGUCACGCAACCUGAGCGACGACAUGAAGGAAAAGGCAUUUUCUGCCCGGAGCGCCAUCGGAUCGUCUACGGCUUCUGGAUCCAGCCCUCCAGAAAGGCAGCUACGUGACAUGGCGUGCCAAACAAAUGGUUUAAGCACACGGGGAACGCAGACAACCCAGACUAUCAGCAUUGGGCUGCAAACCGAGGGUCUUCGGACCCUUACCAGCAGCCCGCACCGAUGUCUAACGCCCAAAGGAGGCUCCACUCCCAUCUCGUCCCCGUCCCGGAGUCUAAGAAAGAUGCAGUACUCUCCAGUCGUGCAGGCCAAGUUUGAACGCCCCUGCUGCUCACCAAAAUACGGCUCACCUAAGCUCCAACGGAAACCCUCUACAAAUACCGCAAAAACCGAGCCACCCAAUGGCCAAGCCCGCACUCCUACCCCAACAAUCACCACCCAGCAGCAAAAAGGCAACAGUGAAUCUGCCUGGGCACGUUCCACAACAACCAGAGAUAGCCCAGUCCACACCACCAUCAACGAUGGCCUUUCCAGCCUUUUUAACAUCAUUGACCACACGCCCAUCGCUUACGAUCCCAUGCAGAAGUUCAACAAGUCCCCCAGUCGCUCUCGUCCCAUUGAAGCAGGAUCUCAGGGGCCCUCAGACCCCAUAUCUCCCAGCAUUUCUGCCGCACAGGGGCCUUUGAGGAACUCGCGGGGCAGGUCCCCAAGCCCUGUGCAGUUGAUUGUGGAAACACAGGGCGAAAAGACCCCAGAGGUGAUUAGCAUCAGACAGGAUCUCUCUGCACCUCCGGGUUACACGUUAGCGGAAAACGCUGCACGGAUUUUGAAUAAGAAACUCUUGGAGCAGAGCUUCAGAGAGGAGAGGAGACUUCUGUCUUCAAACACAGCUGUCCAGAACAGAACCGGAGACACUGAGAAGCCUGGAUGUCUUGAGGACUUGCCACGUUCUCCAGUGGCUCCACCUCUGGACUCCUGCUUCCUGCGUCCGGCUCGCCCUGCAAACCGCCGCCCGCCAUCCCGCUGGGCCACCCAUUCCCUGUCAUCCUCGCCCGACUACAGCGAUCGCACAGAGAGGUUCCGCUAUCCCUCGCCAGUCAGACCGAUUCAGACCGUCCCAGAGACAGAAGAGCCCGGUCUGGAGGUUCCACUUCACCUGGUCUGAGCUCAACCAACCUAGACUACAUCCGUCUCUGCUUGCUUUCCUCCUCUUUGCACUUUCUUAUAACCAACCUGUUUAUCACAACCAUCUCUGUUUUCUGGGAUACUGUGGUGUAGUUGUUAAAACUCAGUGCUGGUAACUGGAAGGUUGCUGGUUCGAACCCCACAACCAAAAGUAAUCACCAUUACCUCCUCGUGCAAGGCACUUAACCCCAGUUUGCUCCAGGGAUGUCAUCCUAAUAAUAGGCUAUAUCUGAAACAAGUUAUCUUUAAAACAAGAUCAAUUUACUUGAGAAGCAAAAAGUUGUAAGAUAAUAAGACUUAUUCUCAGAGAAUAUAUCUUGAACAUUGUUGGGUAGUAACCGAUUGCAUGUAAUGUGUAUUAAGUAAUUAGAUUACAAAAUAGGAGUGAUGUUAAUUAGAUUACAAUACAUUUCUGUAAUCAGAUUACAAAAUUUGAGUAAUUGUAAUUAAAUUACAUUUUCAUUAAAAUUACAAUGAGAAAUCUAAAAAUACUCAGAUUAGAUUACCCAACAUUUUAACCUAAAAGAUAACACUACUGAUUACAAUUUUAGUCAUGUAAUUUGUAAUAAGUACCAGAUUACAUUUCAGAAGUAAUCUACUCAACACUGAUCUUGAAUAAAGUAUAUUAUUUUUAUGCGAAUUGCAUAAUGAUUUCUCUUGUUUUAAGCGUAAACCUCACUACAUUUUAUUUGAUUUAUGUUCAAAACAAGAAAAAAAAACAUUUGCACAUUUUUUACAAAAUCGUUUUACUUUAUUCAAAAUAUAUUCUCGGAAACAAGUCGAUUUUUCACAGACAGUAAUAACAGUGUGCAGUAUAUAAUGAUAAAAGCUUCAAAAAUGUUUAUAUUACAUUUUUAUCACAUGACAUCACGGCAUUGCAUGUAAUUCAGUGGGUUGCGUUCAAUUAUCGCUUCGGAAAUAAAUACGGUUAUUUUGCAUUUCAAAAUGCUUUGUUUAUCAAAUUUAGUGCAUUGUGACAUUUUUUAAGAUGACAAGUCAGGUUAAAAAGAGUCUUUUUUUAAACACUUCUUGAAAUGCGCUGCAUCUAGAUUUUUUUACGGCAAGAACGCAUUUGGUCUGAACGCUUACUCAUACUGCACACUGUUCAAAUAGUACAAGAAGAUCUGUAGUAUACUCUUCUGAACUUUAGCUGUUCCUUUUUGGCGCUGUUUUACAGCUAUGUUGUGGGAGCAAAUUCCGUUAGCCCUGAUCUGUUCGAUAAAUCGUUUGCGAUAAAAGAUUAUACUUUAUUCUUUUUCUCACCUUUACUAUCUCCUGUUCCAGCCUGACCACACAUACGCACACCUCCGGAGUGAUGGAACCUUUCUAAGAACCAUUCAACUGCCCUGCCACUAGGAGGCAGAGUUCUGUGAGCACCAGCUAAACUGACCCGUUUGAAAACAGUUCUAGAAUCUUUAGGAGUAUCAAGGACUUGGAAUGUACUGACACAAAAUACACACACAACCUCACAAUGGUCCCGUAUGUGUGUGUCAGUGUACACGUAUGCAAUACAUAUGAAUUUAUAUGUGUUGGUCAUUUACGGAUUACGGAUUGCUUUUCAGAUGUUCUGAAAAUUAGAACGGGAUAGUAAUAAUAUUUGUCGGAACGGCAUAACAGUUUACAUGUGUUUCGUUUCUGUAUCAUUUCUCUUGUUUGAGGGGUGAUUAUCAUUUGUUAAAUUAAGUAUUUUAAUUAGAGUUUAUACUUUAUAUAAUAUUUUCUGCAUAUUUGACAUCCUAUUUUUGUUGGUACCCUUUGAUGCUUGAAUUAUAAAAAUACUCAGUUGUAUUUAUAAAGAGAAUAGGAUUAAAUCUAAUGGAGAGAAAAACACCAAUCAGUUCGACAGGGACGAAUGAUAAAUGAUGUCAACCAUACCAAUGUAUUAAAAACCUAAUGUAAAAUUGAAUGUUUAACGCGUGAUAAAAGGAGAGUAUAUUGAGACUGAUUAUCCUUAUGCACAUUUCUCAAGUCCAAAAAUCCUAAAGGAAUGUGUUCAGGAUUCCAAUGGGAAAUUCUGUUGUAAUGCGGAUCAAAUGUAACAAUUGGGAUCCAAAAGAAUCAUCUUAUUUUGUGGUAUGUUGGAAUAAGAAUAUUAAAACAGACUUUCCAGUUAGAAUCCUGUGUAUAUUCCUUUUCGAUAUCUUGACUAGGGUUUGGAGAACAGUUGUGCAAAUAUCAUAUUUGAUAUGCAUGCCUUUAAGAACUAGCACUUUAGUGCAUGUAAUCAAAUACUGUUGUACUUUGUGAUAAAGCUCAUAAUGUAAGAAAUCCCCACAUAUGCGUACAUAUACACUUACACUCAUACACAAACACUCAAUCUUAAAAUGUCAUUUUGUUGCCAUCAAAUUUGCAUCGACACAAUUAGGAACACUUUUUAAGUCCGUUAUUGUACCUAUUAACUCUUUGUCUUUGUAUAGCUGUUAUUAUCAAUACAAAUGUUUCUUUUCUUUUGAGGAAAAAAAAUGAAUGUUUUAGAUGAAGUCACUGUCAAAAGUCUAAUGAUAGAGUGUGUUAAAUUGGUAAUAAAUUGAAUGUGU